CAAAUGCUAAUGAACCACUUCAAGUCCAGAAAGAUAUUGCGAAUUCUGCUUCAGAAGAAUUAGAAAAAUCAGAGACUCAAAGUGAUACCAAAAUCAUCCUACAUGAGGUAAAAACUAAUCUAACAGAAGAACCAGCCAUUUUGGAAUCACUUCAGAUCGAUUCUGCUAAAAAUAAAAUGGAAUCAAUUGCACUCAAAAGCCUGACAUCUUCGAGCAUAGUAACCGAAUUCGUACAAGAUUUGUUAGAAGAGCUAUUCUUAUCUAGUAGUCAACCUCUAGAGUUUAUAAAGUUUUCUCCUCCCAAAACCAUAGUUUCCAGAUCUAUAGAUAUUAAGAGGCUUGCCAAUUUAUUCUCCCAAGCAGUUAGUGCAAGAAAAAAAUCGCUUAUAGCAAAGCGAGCAGAGAUUUCAUCCUGGGGUUGCUUCUCGGAAAGGUUCAAAAAUAAAGUUGUGGAGCUUAGAUCUGAGGAUAAGAAACUUGCGGAUAAGACUGCAAGAACACAAAUUUAUGCUGAAAUAAAACCAUACCUUACGGACAUUUCAGAUGAAUAUUUACGUGUAAGGACUUCUAAGGCAAGAAAAAUCAAUAAGUUAUUUGGGUUUGAAUAUGAUCCUAUAACCUUGAAAAAGGUUAAUGGUAUAGGAUGGCAUAUGGUUCAGCGGAUCACUUGUAAUGCUGAUAAAAUUUCAAGGCUCACUAAUCCUCAAAUCGAAUACAUAAUAGAACAGGUCAAAUCGAAAACAACUACUAGUCCUGUGAAUGAAAUCGCCUCGACCAUAGCCAAUACAUCAGCUAAUGACCCCUCAGAUGAUAAUUUUAGUGACACAUCUGAUAUUACAGAUUAUUUUAAGGAAGAAGAAGCGAAUGAUUCAGUUGAGAAGGAUUCUAAAAA